UCCAUUUUUCCUUCGUGAUACCUGCAAAACUUUCUCUUUAGUCAAAAGCACCUUUGGGUCCCUCCCAUCUCGAUCUGUUUCUCACUCCUCACUCUCUCUCUGCUCCUUUCUUAAUCUCUCAUCUCCUCAGUUUUCAACUCAUUAAACUAAUAACAAAUCAAACAAAACACAAGAUUUGAUUUAUUCAUUCACAUACACAUGUACAUAUACAAGUAUAAUAAUCCAAAUGAUUAUCCAACUGUAAAGCAAACCUCCUUGGAUACAGAGACCUACACAAACCCUUUCUUCUUCUUCAUCUUCUUCAUUAUCUUUACUCUAUGCUCAAUCCAAAAACAACCCAGAAACGCUAAAACACCUAACACACAGAAAAAACCCACAAUGCCUUCAAGACAACCUUUUCCUCCAAACCCUAACCCUAAACCCAAAACCUUUCUCUUGUUCCUCAUCAUCACUGCAAUUGCCUCUCUCACCAUCCUGUUCGCCAUUCUCUACUUCCUCUACUACCUCUGGUACUCUCUCGUCCACCGUUCUCGGACCAGCCCGUUCGAUUCCGGUGCCCCUCUGGUCAAGUUGCAGAGAUUCAGCUACCGAGAGCUCAAAUCGGCCACCGAUGAGUUCAGCGAAUCGAAUUCGAUCGGAAAAGGAGGGUCCGGCACGGUUUUCCGGGGAAUUCUCCGGGACGGCAAGCUCGUGGCAGUGAAAAUGCUCGAUUCGUCAUCGUUUCAGGCCGAGAGGGAGUUCCAGAACGAGCUUCAGAUUCUAGACGGCUUGAGAUCGCCGUUUGUGGUUUCGCUAUUAGGGUUUUGUAUUAAGAAGAAGAAAAGAAUACUGGUAUAUGAGUACAUGCCCAAUCGUAGCCUUCAGGAGUCACUUUUCUCUGAGGAAAAUCCCAACUCGAGUCUCAAUUGGGUGAGAAGAUUCGAGAUUAUUCUUGAUAUCACUCGAGCGCUUGCUUAUUUGCAUCUUGAAUGUGACCCUCCGGUGAUCCAUGGGGAUGUGAAGCCGAGUAAUGUGUUGCUCGAUUCAGAGCACAGAGCGAAGCUUUCUGAUUUCGGGCUGUCCCGGUUGAAGAUUGAAGGCGAAUUCGGAGUUGAUUUGUUCAGUCAGGACUUGGGGAAGAGUCAGGAGCUUUCCGGGAAUUUGGCGGUGCUCAGAGGGGAGACUCCAGCAAUUGGGACUCCGGUGGAGAGCCAUAACGAGGUAGAUUUCGCUCUAGCUUUGCAAGCUUCUUCUUCUUCGAAAAAUAGUGGAAUUUGUCACAAUUUGAAAGCUUUGAACUUGAAUUCUUUGAAUUAUAAUGCCAACAUUGCAAAUGAGAUUGAGAAUAAAGAUAGGAAGGCAAAGGGUAAGGAGGUUUCCGGGGUUGAAAAUGGCGGGGAUGAUUGGAACAAGUUUGUGAACUAUGAUGAUGAGCUUGGUAGUAUUGAUCAUAGUAAAGAUUUGAGUGUUGCUUCGGUUGUUGAUCAUACGACGAGUACCAAACAAUGGGGAAAAGAUUGGUGGUGGAGACAGGAUGGGAGUGGGGAAUUGUGUAGCAAAGACUAUGUUAUGGAGUGGAUUGGGAGCCAAAUUUGUCCGGCAAAUCCUGACUGGGAUGAAGAAAAGAAGUGCUCUCCAGAGAAGUCCAAAUUGGAUAUUUCAAUUCCAUUAGAUAAAUUAGAAGAUGUGAAUGAAACCCAAUUAAAAGAUCAUGGUUUUGAGUGUCCUAAGAAGGGGUCUGAGAAUGGGAAAAAUUUGGGAUGGAAAAAAACCCGAAAUAAGAAGCACAGGAAGAUGCAGGAAUGGUGGAAAGAAGAGCACCUUGAUAAAAUUUCCAAGAAAAGUAAUAAGCUAAGGAAGCUUGAAAACAAGUGUAAGAAGGGAUUUAAAAUGCCACAUUUUGAUUUGGGCCGACAUUUUCAUUUCCGAAGAAGAAGAAAGAUUGGGCAACAGAACCAAAAUGAGGGUGAUCCAAAUAUGGAGUUCAGUUUCAGGAGGGGGUGGAAGAGAAAGAAUGCCCGUUCUGUUGGCAGUGACAUGUGGAGUGGAGAUCUUUUUAGUCGGGAGUUGAGCAGCACGACAAGCAUGAGAGGGACUCUGUGCUAUGUUGCACCAGAAUUUGGUGGGUGUGGGUACUUAAUGGAGAAGGCUGACAUUUACAGCCUAGGAGUUCUUAUCCUUGUGAUAGUGUCCGGUAGAAGGCCAUUACAUGUCCUUUCUUCACCCAUGAAGCUUGAGAAAGCAAACUUGAUAAGCUGGUGCAGGCACUUGGCACAAGCUGGAAAUAUAUUAGAACUUGUAGAUGAGAGAUUGAAAGAUGAGUAUGAUAAGGAUCAGGCAAGUUUGUGCAUCAAUUUGGCGCUGGCUUGCUUACAGAAAAUGCCCGAGUUGCGGCCAGAUAUUGGGGAGAUUGUUAGGGUUUUGAAAGGGGAGAUGGAUCUACCACAGCUCCCAUUUGAAUUCUCUCCCUCUCCACCUUCCAAAUUAUUAAGCAGAUCGCGGAGGAAACUGAAGUCCAAUGCGGAAUAAACUUAGAAACACCCUCUUGGUCUUGCUUCUCCAAACAGGGUUUUUUUUUUUUUUUUUGAACAUGAGUGUAAGAUAGAAGAGAGAGGAACAGAUGUUGUAUAUCCAAAAAAGAUUUGUUCCUGGAAACUGAAGGUUUGUGUACUGUGUAUGAUAUUGUUGUAAUGUAUAUUAGAUGUAUGACUUCUGAUAUCUUUACCACUUAUUGAAUCCAAUAUUGAAGAAUCAAGUUCCUGUAUUGCCUUCUUUUUAUUGUAAA